GCGGCGCUGGCGGCUCUCGGUGGCUGCAGCCAGAUCCUGUGAGCCGGGCCGCGUCAGUCCUUCCCUCCUUCGGCCCCCUCUCUCGUCUUCCGGAGUGUGGCUGGCGGAGCUGGGAUGGCGGAGCGAGGCCUGGAGCCGUCGUCGGCCGUGGUGGCGGCGCUGCCGCCUGAAGUGCGGGCGCAGCUGGCGGAGCUGGAGCUGGAGCUGUCGGAGGGGGACAUCACACAGAAGGGAUAUGAAAAGAAAAGGUCCAAACUCCUGUCUCCUUACAGCCCACAGACACAAGAAACGGAUUCAUCACUGCAGAAAGAACAUAGAAACCAGACUCCUGCUCCACCAGCAGCUCAAACUUCUGCUCCGUCUAAGUACCACCGAACUCGAUCUGGAGGGGCCAGAGAUGAGCGAUAUCGAUCAGAUAUCCACACAGAGACAGUUCAAGCUGCACUGGCAAAGCACAAAGAACAGAAAAUGGCUUUGCCCAUGCCCACCAAAAGGCGGUCCACAUUUGUCCAGUCUCCUGCAGAUGCCUGCACACCUCCUGACACGUCUUCCGCCUCUGAGGAUGAGGGCUCUCUGUGACGCCAAGCUGCGCUCUCUGCUGCCUUGCAACACAGCUUACAGAAUGCUGAGUCCUGGAUCAACCGCUCAAUUCAGGGAUCGUCCACCUCUUCAUCUGCAUCUUCGCUGUCCCACGGAGAGGUCAAAGGAACCAGUGGGUCUCUAGCUGAUGUAUUUGCCAAUACUCGAAUAGGUAGGAGCUGAAUUUACCCAAGAAGCCUACCUUAUGUUCCAUUUGGCACCUAGUUUAUCCAGGAAACAAUUUAUAAUUUGUGUUAGGUUUCCAGUGUGACCUAAAAAAUACCACAGAGAACAGUUAAUGAGGCAAAGGAA